AUGCGUACAUCAUUAUCACAAGUGGAGAAUAUUUAUGAUUUAUCUGUAACAUCUGAUGAGGAAAAACCUCUUCGACCGAUUCACAAUCGAUCUCAAAAAGCAUUUGAUUUAAAUGAUGCACAAGCAUUAAAAAAUGAAAUCGAUAAAUCUUUUAAAAAUACUAUUGGGAAACUUUCCCUUUUUGAUGAACGUGAUGAAACAGCUGAGUCUAUACAAUUAUAUGCACGCCGACUUGAACCUGAACGACCGGUUACUCCUCCGAAUGAGGAAGUAACUAUUGAUUCAGUUCCACGUGAUGUUGAACAAUUAUUAGCUUUGAUUCGACGUCGUCUUAAUAUUCAACAAGUACCAUCAGAUAUUACUCGUUUAACUUCUGAUGAUUUAUCACAAUUAGCUACUGUUGUUCUUACUCAAAUGCGUUCAAAAUGGAUAGAUAUUGAAGAAAUGUGUGUUCAACAUCCAUUAUUAUCAUCUAAACGAAAUCAAGAAUUAAUUCGUCGUCUUUUCGUUAAUAUUAUUUUAAUUUCUACGAAUAUUUUUGAACAUACAAUACAAGAAUCACAAAUAUUUCAUGAUCGAUAUGUUUUUUCACAUGCAGCUAAUAUGACUCGAUUACGAACGUUACUUGCUGAUCGAAUAAAUACUUUAAUUAAUAUUCAUUCAUUACGUGAACAUCUUGCUUUUGAAAUGAUUGAAGAAGAACGAAUUAAAAAAGGUUUAAUAUUUGAAGAAACAAUUUCAAAAAAUGUUCGAAGACGUUUAAAUAAAAAUAUUGUUUUAUCACAACAUCGUCCAGAUGUUCGUGAUGUGAUAGAAUAUGCUGGUAAAAGUUAUAAAUAUCAAUUCAUAGAUUCAAAAUAUCAUUCAAGACAGAUUCUACAUCAACUUGUAACAAAUAUGCCUGAUGUUAGUCGUUUUCGUCGUCUACCUGUUGUUCUACCACCUGUGACUAGAGAAAUCGAUUCAACAACACCUUUAAAAGAAUAUUCGAGUCAACCAAAAGUUAUGAAACAAAAAUCAACUGUACAAGCAUAUAAGCCAUCAUUAGAACAAGAAAAGGAUGAAAUACCACAAAUUGUAAGACGAAAUUAUUAUGGAUCAUUACCAAAUAUUCAUGAAAAAUUUCUUUCUGAAGAACUUGACUUUAAUUUUAAUAAUAUUAAAAAGUCAAAAUAUAAAACAACAGACAUUAUACGUGAACAAUAUUUUAUUGAUGAAGAAAAAAAAAAAAGAGAUAUUGAAUCAGCUAAAUCAAUUUCAAAUCGAACUGAUCUAAUAAAAUUAACAACACAAACAAUGCCUGACGAGCGAGAAAAGUCUGAUGAAAUACCACCUUUGAUUAAAGUUCUCACAUCAUCACGUGAUCCAAAACAACGUAUUAAUGAAUGUAAAGAAACCGUUUUAGCUAUAGCAAAAAGACGAAAAGAUUAUUUUGAUAAAUUAAAAGAAAAUGUUCGAGAUGAACCAUUAUAUCCUCAACCAGCAUCAGUUGAAAAAACAUUUAAAAAUGUAACAUUUCGUAUAUCUGAUAUAACAGUUGCAAAUUUUUAUUUUCAAUCAUCAUUUCUUUUAACAAGUUUUCCAACUAUAUUUAAUAAUUAUUUUGGUGAUAUUGAUGAUGAUACAGUUGCAUAUCUUGAUAGAAACUUACAUAUUGGACAACAAAUAAAAGAAGUUUAUGAACAAUUAUUAAGUACUAUUGAUAUGAAUCAUAGUUUUCGAUUAGAUACUGAUAAAUAUGUUGUUAAAUGUCCUGAUAAUCUUGAUUUAGUAUCUGCUCAAGCAUCAUCAACUUUAACAAAACCUUAUGCCGAACAAAUAAAUAACCGAUCCUUAGCAAAACGAGAUGAACCACCUUGGACAAAAUAUGAUAAUGAUCGUCAACGUUGGGUUUUAACACCAGAUCCUCGUCGAUUAGAAGAAGAUGCAGAAGAAAAAAAGAAACGUAAUCCUAAAAAUCGAAAUAAAAAAGGUUUAACUGAACCAACAAUUAAUUUAAGUCUCGUACCUGAUCCACAAUUAAUAGCUUCAUAUAAACCACGUGAUUCUCGUCAAACACGUGACUUUCAAGCUUGGAAAGAUUAUUGGUCACAAGUACAUACAGAAAAUGAUUACUUAAAAUAUUUAAAUACACAAUCAACUGAUUAUCUUCAUCAUAUAUUUCAUUUACAUGAUAGAUUACCUGAAGAUAAUCGUCUUAGUGAAGAAAAUCAAACAUUACUUGAUGAACGUAAUCGAGCAUUAAAAGAACGUGAAGAUAAAAUUCUCGAAUUAAAAGAACGUAAAAACAAAUUUGAACAAGGUGUUUGGAAUGCUGAAAGUAUUUCUCUUGGUGGUCUUGGUCAUAAUCCAAUAUUAAAACCUGAAGAUGAUCCAAUUAUACAAUUUGAACAAGAUUUAGAAAGACGUAAACCUAAAGCAAAACGUAUUGAUUUAUUUGAUCCUAUAGCACAUGAAAAAGCUUUAUCAAGCAAACAAUUUUUAACAACUAUUUUAAAUAAUGUUAAACAUGAUAAUGUACAAAAACGUUUAGAACAAGUAUGGAAAUUAUUAAAAAUGACUGAUAAUGAUCGUUUACAUAUGGCUGUUAAAUAUAGUACUAUUGAAUAUGAGAAAAAAAUUGAAUCGGCAUUGGAUGCUUGGGAAUUCAUAGCACAAUUAAUUAUUCAACGAGAAAAAUUUAUAAAUGAUUUAGAAAAUUUUGAACGUACUGCAUCGGAUCCGAAUCGAUUUUUUGAACCAGGUCCUAUGGGUAGUUCAAAAAUGCGUUUAAGUGAAUCUCGUCGUCGAACAUAUUUAUAUAAUCAAUUAUCUAUACUUGAAAAACAAAUAACUGAACAAUGGAAUAAAAUAAAAAUAAGUUUUGGCGAUACAGUUACAUAUAAUGGUCGUAAUUAUUUAGAUAAAAUGCAAUUUGAUAAAUUAGAAAUGUUACAUUAUUUACAAGAAGAACGUCGUUUAAAUUAUUUACAUUCAUUUACAUCGAUUGGAAAACAUAAUAAACUUGAUUCUACUUUUAAUCAUGUUUUAUGA